AAAAACCUAUUUCGCGGAAGCACACUCUUUAUAUCGUACUAGGGUUUUCCAAGUCCUCCGUUCGCCUACAAAAAGCGCACAUACAACAACUAGGGUUUUCCGUAUUCCUGCUGAACUCGGCCGCACAGAGAGAGAGAGAGAUAGAGAGAGAGAAUGGGAGUGUUCACGUUCGUUUGCAGGAGCUCAGGCGACGAGUGGAGCGCCAAGCAGCUAAAGGGCGACGUGGAGGCCUCAGCCGGGUCCACCUUUGAGUUGCAGAGGAAGCUCGUCCAGGCCGCUCUAUCCUGUGAUUCCUCUGGUGGAGUCCAGUCUUCUUUCUCCUUCGUCACUCCCUCUUCCGCUGUCUUCCAGGUGAUUGUUGGCGGCGGUGGCGGCGGCGGUGGUUUCAUUGGAGGCGGAGCAGCUGCUGCUGCAGCUCCUGCAGGUGGGGCCCCAGCUGCAGAAGCACCUCCAGCUGAGGAGAAAAAGGAAGAGAAAGAGGAGAGCGAUGACGACAUGGGUUUCUCACUCUUUGAUUAGUAUUGCAUUGCAUCUCUCCUUACAAUGCCCCGACGUUAUCAAGUUUUGAAUCUGUCCUUUGCAUGUUCGAACAUCUGAUGCAUAGUAUUGUUGGUCUUCAGUUUGGUGUUCACAUUUGUUGGUUUUCAAACGUAUUUUUAGUUUCUUGCUUUAGCUGGUUUUUGCAUACCUUUAUUGUCUAGUGAGUUGGUUAAUGCUGCUGUGAACUUAUUUUAGUUGGAGACCUAAAGGUUGAUAAAUGCGACGUGAGUUUUAGGCCUCCGAAA